GAACCCCCCUCCAAAAGAAGCUCUCAACGCUACGAAAGUUAACCCAUGGCUUCCUCUUCAACGGGCUAGAAUUCCGAAACCAUGAUUUUUCUUUCCCGUUUUACCCCUUGUUUUCCUCUCUAUUCACCAUCAUACCCUUCUCCCCGCCUUCUCAUCGGCGCUAACCACACCUCCGCUCGCUUCUGCUCCCGUUAACGAUCCGAGAAAUUAGGGUUUCGAUUAGGAUUAGGGUUAGGUUUAGGGUUAGGGUUUGUGUUUGUAUUGAAUUCUUUUGAUUUUUUUUCCGGCAAUGGAGCCGCCGGCGAGGCCGGCAAUGGCUCGGCGCCUUCUGGCAAGGCUACUACUGUUUGGCGUGAUCGCUCUCAUUGUUCGCUUUGCGUACGUUGUCUCGGUCCGUGGCGCUUCCUGCAUCGGCUCCGCUGACUUCUGCUUCUUCUCCUCCCCGGACUCCGUCGCCGUUGCUGCUGCUGGUGUUACCAGUGGCGCCGCCUUUGUCCGUGUCUCCGGCGAUGUCUCGGGAUCCUCUCCGGCGCUGCGUGAUCUUUGGAGUAGUCGUGACUGGCGUAAGGCUGUUGAUUUCUACUCCGCCGCGUUUCAGAGACUUGAAACUGAGGGUUUUGUUGCUAAAUUCUCGAAGACGCUCUGCGUAGGCUCCGCCGUCGGGCAUGAGGUCCUGGCCUUGAAGGAGAUCGGCGUCUCUGAUUCCAUUGGCAUCUCUCGCUCCCGCGCCCCGCCGCUCGUCGUCUCCGGUAAUCUCUUUCGCCAGCCGUUUAAAAAUGGGAUCUUCGACUUCGUCUUCGCGGGGAGUGUUUUGGAGAGUUCCCAGCGCCCGGUGGAUCUCGCAUCGGAGCUCGCAAGGACGAUGAAACCCGAAGGGUUUCUCGUGAUCCACACUGCCUCCGCUGCAGAUGUCUACAGCCUUCACUCCCUUCUCGACCUCUUCCCCUCCUUCCGCCUGAUGCGCUCCCACGAAGUAGAUGGCCCAGACGCCUCUAAAAAGCUCCGAGAGAUCGUUCUCCAGAAGCAAGACGGUAGCGAGAUGGAGAAUUCCCACCUGAAUUCCGAUGGUGGUUCCGUGAGCAAGUGCUUGGUUCCAGAGCACAAGCAACGAAUUUUGAAUGAGGCUGAGCCACUGAUCCAAGAGGAGCCGUUGAAGCCCUGGCUUACGUUGAAGAAAAACCUCAAGAAUGUGAAGUACUUGCCAACCAUGGCGGACAUUAGCUUCAAGAGAAGGUAUUUGUACAUUGAUGUUGGUGCCCGGAGCUAUGGCUCUAGCAUUGGGAGCUGGUUCAAAAAGCAGUACCCAAAGCAAAAUCGCACCUUUGAGGUAUAUGCAAUAGAAGCAGACCGCUCUUUCCAUGAGGAAUAUGCUACUAAGAAAGGUGUUAAUUUACUUCCUUAUGCUGCUUGGGUGAGAAACGAGACAUUGACAUUUGAGAUCAAUCACAAUCCUGAUCAGAAAGCAGACGAGAAAGGCGGCCGGGGAAUGGGCCGGAUUAAGCCUGCAGAAGGUUCUUCUGAUAAUUUGGGGUCAGGCGACGUGCAUUCAAUUCACGGUUUUGAUUUUGCAGAGUGGCUGAAGAGCACUGCAACAGAGAGGGACUUUGUAGUUGUGAAGAUGGAUAUCGAGGGAACGGAGUUUGAUCUCGUGCCGAGGCUGUUUGAGACUGGAGCUAUUUGCUUGAUAGAUGAGUUGUUUCUUGAGUGCCAUUAUAAUCGGUGGCAGAGGUGUUGCCCAGGGCAGAGAUCACCGAAGUAUAAGAAUACAUAUGGACAGUGCAUGGAGCUUUUCUCAACACUCAGGGAUAGCGGGGUGCUUGUUCAUCAAUGGUGGUAAUCGGUAACUGAUGACAAACACUCUCAUUUACAAUCAUAGAUGAAAGAUACUUUGCAAUUCGUGUGCCCGUUGUUUGAUUUGUUUCUCUAGUGGUCUUUGUUUACUUGGUUAGUCUGUUCUUUGCAUUGCUCUUUUAAGUUCAUUACUGGAAAUUCAAUCCCUUCAUACAAUUUCAUUCUCAUUGUUUGGUUAUACUAAAUGAGUAGUGAGUACUUUUCUUUCAUGCAAAUUCCCAAUUACCUUUGUAAUCAUAGGUGUCUGUCGUUGUUUCAUAUCAAUGGAAAUAGAGAGAAUAAAUGAACA